GUCAUCACCAUCCAGCCGUUGAAGAAGCAACCAAUGGCUGGAUUAAGGUCAUAGCGCUUCCAAUCCUCCUCCUCCUUCCUCCGCUCGCCGUCUUCUCGACGACGACCCGCGGCCACCGCCGCGCCGCCCUCCUCGCCGCCGCCGCCGCCGCCGUCUCCGCAGAAUCUGAUCGAUGGCGCCGUCGUCGACGUCGUCGGAGGGUGCCUCCGACGAGUGGUUGCCACCCAGCCGGCGGCCGGAGCUGGCGGACGUGGUCCCCGUGACGCAGGACGACGGGCCCCACCCCGUGGUGGCCAUCGCCUACCGGGACGAGUUCCGCGAGGUCAUGGACUACUUCCGCGCCCUCUACUUCGCCGGCGAGCGCAGCGUCCGCGCCCUCCACCUCACCGCCGAGGUCAUCGACCUUAAUCCCGGCAACUACACGGUGUGGCAUUUUAGGCGUCUUGUUCUAGAGGCACUGGAUGCUGAUCUGCGUGAGGAAAUGGAUUUUGUGGACCGAAUUGCUGAAUGUAACCCAAAAAAUUAUCAAAUCUGGCAUCACAAGAGAUGGCUUGCGGAGAAAUUAGGACCAGAUAUUGCAAAUAAAGAGCACGAAUUUACAAGGAAGAUACUUUCUAUGGAUGCUAAAAAUUACCAUGCUUGGUCUCAUAGGCAGUGGGUUCUUCAAGCACUGGGUGGAUGGGAGACUGAACUACAGUAUUGCAACCAGCUGCUUGAGGAAGACGUCUUCAAUAAUUCAGCUUGGAAUCAGAGAUACCUUGUAAUAACAAGUUCACCACUUCUUGGAGGCCUUGCAGCAAUGCGUGACUCGGAAGUGGAUUACACAGUUGGGGCUAUUCUGGCUAACCCUCAGAAUGAAAGCCCCUGGAGAUACCUCAAAGGCCUGUACAAGGGUGAAAAUAACUUGCUGAUGGCUGAUGAGCGCAUCUCUGAUGUUUGUCUCAAGGUCCUGAAACAUGAUUCGACCUGCGUAUUUGCUUUGAGCUUGCUGCUCGAUCUUCUUCAAAUUGGUUUACAACCUUCAGAUGAACUCAAAGGAACUAUCGAAGCAAUAAAGAACUCUGAUCCUGAAGCAGAUGAAGCAGUAGAUGCUGAUCUUGCGACUGCAAUCUGCUCAAUAUUGCAGAGAUGUGAUCCCCUGCGGAUAAAUUACUGGUCCUGGUACAGGACCACUAUUUCUUCUCAAACCUGAAGCAUGCAGUGGCCUCCAUGAGGUCAUAAUGGAGAUAUCUUCUAUCUUCGUGUGAUUCUGGGCGUUGAGGUGCCUAGCUACAUUUGUUAUGAACUUUCCUUGGGCAUAACUGAUCACUGAUAUUACUCCAAUAUUGUGUUCUUGUGCAUCGUAUGUUAUUCCAGAUAUUAUAUUGGGUUGCAAUUCCUUGUGAUGUA